GUCGUACUACUUACUGAUCCGGCCCCAGUUGCUCAAGGCAGCCACGCUUCAUCUGGGUUGCCCUCUCGUGCAAAGAUUUUUUUACACUACUUAUCCCUCCCUCUUUCCACAAUUCUCCCGCAAGUCUUAUAGCCCUUUCAUUCUUCCCUUUCUUUGCUGCGGCCGGCCGCUCUCCUUUGUGCUGCUCAUCCGGAGGUCGCGUGAAGCUUCCCCGCCCCGCAAUCCGACUGCUGCUUAGCUUACCGAUAAAUCGAUCCCCUCACCCCUGAGAGUAACCGCUACAAUAUUACCAUCGGAAAAAAUCAAUCCUUGGAGCGGUCAGUCUUUGCAAGUGCGCUAGCUCAUCAUGUUUGGUAUCAUUGCAGAUUUGUUCUCAUCGGUCAUCACGAUCCUCUUCCCUAUCUUUGCCUCAUAUAAAGCUCUGCGGUCCUCCGACCCCUCUCAACUGGCACCAUGGCUGAUGUACUGGGUGGUUUUGUCCGCCGUGCUGAUGGCUGAGUCCUGGACAGUCUUUAUCCUCGGAUGGGUGCCGUUCUACAGCUGGAUCCGCCUCUUUUUCUUCUCCUACCUUGUCCUCCCCCAGACGCAGGGCGCAAUCAUCCUAUACCAGGAACACGUUGAUCCUUUCCUUGCCCACCAUGAGCGAGAGAUUGAGGAAUUCAUUGGCCGUAGCCACGAGCGCGCCAAGGCUCUGGGGCUGCAUUAUUUCUACCAAGCCGUGGAUUACGUCCGAGAGAACAUCCUCGGCUGGCCGGCUCAGCGCCCGGCGGCUCCUCCUCCCCCGCCCCCGACCGGUCCUGCUGCCUACGCGCAGUCACUUCUCUCGCGAUUCAACAUCCCCGUAGCUCCUGCAUCUGGAGGGCCAACGGCCCCGUCCGCCCCCGCUGCCGGCGCUCACGAUUGGUUCUCCACCAUCAGUUCCGCCGUGGCAGCCGUGACCUCCGCCGGCAAGACCCCCGAAGCCCGUGGCGAGGAACUGUCUGCCAGCGGUAACCUGCUGCCCCGCGAUAUCGCCUCCAUGUCCCGCGCCGAUAAGGCGCAGUACAUCUCCCACCAGCGCGACCUGCUGGAGGUGCUGCGCAGCGCGCUGGCGAAGGAAGAGCGUGAACUGCACGGCAGCGAGACGGAGACAGACGACCUCGCAUACGGCGGUACUCCGCUGCAUAAGAACCCGAGCGAGAACUCGUUCCACCACGUAGAGCACGAGGACCUUCACAGGAGUUCUCCGGAUCUGUCCGCCCGGACGGCCAACGGUACCUGGUCUUCGGGGUGGUUCAACGGCGAAUCGACUGAUAUGCGUAACCGCCAUCCUUAAAAGAUAAGAUCCAACGGGUGGUGCUUGUUCUUCCUUGAGAUUCUUCUCUUCGGUUUUGGGUGUUGUGCCGUGCUCUUUCCCUUCUGCAAAGGUCUAGGGAUCUUCAAACAAAUAGAAUGGAAUUCGGUUAUACUUAUCGAUUAGAGCUUCCGGUCUAGGCGUAGAGUGACUGUCCUCGGAAACAGAGGAUAGGAUAAGAUGCGACCAUGUCACGGGGAUUGCUGGUGCUUUCCUUGUCAGGUGCUCC